AUGGCCAAUGCCGCCCCGCCCGUCGUCAUGGCCGAAGACGAAGCCGUGGGCGAAUUGGACGAACCUCCUGAACCUCGCGUCCAACGUCCGGCGCCCUUGAACCUCCGAAACUCGUCCACAACUUCUUUCACAAAGUCGAAACCCGUCCUGGAUCGCAAAGAAUCCCUCCUGACGUCGGCACUCAAAUAUGGCUCCGAUGCGAGUUCGCCGGCCGAAGAGCACUUCGAUGAGAGCCCAAUUCGCGGCAUGUCGUGCAUCUCCACAUGGAGUAACAACAGCGGAACCGCCGAUCUCACAAGUGACGGAGGCUUCACAAGCCCGGGUACACGGCCGUGCACGCCCAGCCCGCCGCUCCCCUCGGCGGCGUUCCACAGCAUGUUACCCCCCUUCAACAAGAAACCGUUGCAGCUAGACGUCAAAGUAGUCUCGCACGAUGAUGACAACAUCAGCCCACUAUACAAGGCAGCGCCUCAGACCACAGAACAGAACAUCGAAGCUGUCCUAGGAAGAAAAAGAUGUAUCAUGUUCGCAUGUGGCCCGAAAGAAGAAACUAAACCGGCAGAAGCAACACCAAAGCCGGCACCUGCGCCCAAAUCGGAAGAGCCUCCAAAGCGUGUUAGCACCAUCAAGUUUGCGUGCCCCUCCAAGCCAUCGACCGAGUCGGCCAAUGCCAAACCCCGCCGUAUGGGCAGCCCCGCACCGCCACCACGUCGGAUAGCCCCGCCGAUGGCAUCUCCUCAGGUUCAUCGUGACUCUGAUUCUACCAUCCGCAACAACUCCCCAGUCAGUGUCCGAAAGGCUUCUACUGUGGACCGGACCCGCCGAUUAAGUGCAAACUCUGAUCUUGCCCGAUGCGAAGCAUACCGUUUCCACGAGUUUGCUUCCUCAGAGGAGGAAGUUGAUGAAUGGACCCAGGAAAUCACUUGCCACCGAAGCCGACUUACUGUCCAAGAUACACUCAAGAUUGAGAACAAUCUACGCAAGCUAGGUGAAGAAGUUGCAGAAGAAGAGGCGAUAGACGAGGAAGACGAGGACGAGGACGAUGAUAUUGCUGAGAUGGACGAUGAUGAUGAUGAUCUGCUCGACGAGGACCAAGAUGGCAGCGAUGCGUACAGCGACGUCACCGACGAGGGCUUCCAGACUGAUGAUGAGAACGGCUUCGCAGUCUCAGAUGACGAAAGUGACGCUGGUUCUGACUACAACUGGUGGGCGCCUGGGGCUUCUACUGCGGCUACAUCUGUAGAGCAUAUGGAACAACUCCGAUUGAAGACUCACCGAACCGUAUCCGAGUCGUCGAUUGGAUCCCUGGAAAGUCGUGAUGGUCUCAAGAUCUCAGACAAGCCAUCCAAGCGCAGGAAGUCCAAGCCAGUCAAUAUUCGCGCAUCAAGUCCCGAGUUGCCUGACAGCACUGAUUUUGUUUGCGGCACGCUGGAUGAAGACCGGCCGGCCGAAGCUGCGUACAUGUCGACGUUGAAGCGUCGGCGCGCAGCCAAGCAUAAGCCUACUCCGCAAGAUAUUGACCCUAGUUUUCCGACAUCGGACCCCGAACUUCCGGAUGACGAUGAUGAUGAGGAUGAAGUUUCCGAAGUGGAGAACCUUGCUUCGGAGACUGAUCACCUCAUGGUAUAUGGCAUGGACCCUGUCGAUGGCGACGUACGAGGCCGGCGCAAAGACAUUCACAAGAAGCGUUCCCCCUUGCCGUCACCAAAACGACUCCGGUCCCCCCCACCUGCAAAGCGUGGCGCGCACCGCUCUCCUCCACCACGUAAGCUGUUCGGGAACUCACCCCCUAAUCGCCUCCAUUCGCCUCCGCCUCAGAUGCGCCUUCGGUCACCACCGCCUACUCGGCGCGGCUCGGUCAACCCCAUGGCCGCUCGUCAGCGCAGCGAAGUGUCGAUACGCUUCGGCGGUAUCGCUGAGAGGCCUGCCCCUCUAGUAUCUGCCUCUGUUCCUCGAACUCCCAUCACAAUGCAGAACCCAUUUGAUCUCGACGAAGAUGAAGACGCUGAUGGGUCCGACAUGCCUGUGCGCCGUGCCAUUGACAUCAAAGUGGGUCUUGAGAAGAAGAAACAGCGGCGCAAGGAGAAACUGUACAGGAAGCAGCAUCGCAAAGGCACCAAGGAGAAGCGUCCUGCUCCCGGACGUGGUGCCGAACGCAUGCGCGAAAUGGGAUUGGCAGUCCACGCUCACAAGGGCAAAAUGACUGCCUUCCAGCCCUUCCAAUACCGCCCCCAUGCGGAUGAGGAAGAUAUGCACGUACUAUCGGCAUAGGUGAUGGUAUGUGUAGUGAGGAUCAGCGCCGCUGGCAUCAGUCGGCACUUUACAUGUUCCUACAAUGUCUUGUAGGGCUUGUUGGUCGCUGGUCUCACAUUAUUAUCUAGGGCACCCAAGCAUUCACUUCUUUGACCUCGGUCACUUGUAGACACCUUCUCACUUUUGAUUAUUUUUGGGCUUCUCAUGUACAUAGCCUUCAUUCACACAUUGACGGUUACUUCAUUUUGAGCCAUUCACCUCGGCGGUUGCGCUGGGCAAGGUGCCCUUAGACUUUUUAGUUCUCUUUUAUUCCACUGCAUUCGGGCCGGGUGUUUUGUCUAGCAUUGAUGGCCUCCCUGUGUAGAGCGGGUUGAGCGCCUUUGGGAGUUUGAUAGCAUGAAGGGUCGUACAAUAUGACAAUGAUCUUCGAGCG